CUUUAAUUGAGUGUGACUGUACAUUUUUAAAUAUUUUUUUAGAGCACUAUGUGAUGGUAUGUACUAGCAGAUGACGCAAUCCCUCUCACCAAGAUGACAACGUCGAUUGCAAAACCCGCACGUCUCGCUCUGGUCAUUUUUCUGCUCUUCAGCAACUAUGUUACAAGUUUAAUCAUACCAGAAGAUUUACCAACAGUAACAAAUGUAUUUUUUUCCGUGUUUCCACCAAUCAAAAUAGGGACUGACUCGAGAAUAGGAAUUGGUUUUAAAUUUGGUGAACACGCAGACUUUCAAGUACUGACGGAGUAUGGACCACAGAAAUAUACUCAACAGAUUGGAAAUGUUAAAGACAAAAAAAGUAAAAGAGAUACAAUGAUGGCAGCAGCCCUAAAAGGUGAAUUUGGUCCUUGGUCUCAAGUAAUUGCUAAAAUUCAAAUGAGACGGAAGUACAAAAAACUUUUAGAAGAAUAUAAAAUAAAAGCUCAAAAAUCUAAUAAUUUAACUAAAGUAUAGAUGAAUAUGUGGUGAACCGUAACUAACCUCGAACAGUGACACAAAAACAAGAUAUACAUAAGACACUGUUGGCAGAAUAAGUAAUUUUUUAUUUUAUAAUGAACAAUAAUAUUUAUAACUUUACCCAACGAUGUCUCAAAGAUGACAGAAUAUUUCAGGCGAAAUUAAAAAUGUGUGCCAUACUCCAUUUAAUUAUAAAGGGUAGAA